UAGUUAAAAAUCUCUGGGAGACAACAGUGACAGGACAGUGUGGAGCUUAGAUAGAAUGACAAAAUUAAAGCAGAUACACAGUGCUCUCUGAUAUUAUAGUCACGCAAAGAGAUUCUUCAACAAAAUAAACCUGGAUGAAUGGAAUGGACUUCUUUAUUUGAGAAACUGUUCAAGGGGGAGGAGGCGAUAUCAUAAGCUCUGAGCAAAUUUAUUUUGAACAGCUAUUUUAUUUCAUGUUCAAGUUUGAAAAAAAAUGAGUAACCCAGUUUCCCUGGCGACUUGUUUGGCUAGAAUGUACGAAGGAGGUAGUCUUGAAUCUCAGAAUAAAAGUGGGCCUGUUGGCCAAGUGAAGAAGUCGUCUGGUGCAAAUCAAAGCAGUGUUGCCAAUAACCUAAGUACAAUGGACAGCAAACUCAACCUUCUUAAUGAAAAAGUCGAUCGCAUCGUAAACCUUCAAGGAGAAGUGCUUAAGAAAUUGGAUGACAUGUCUCAAGGAAUGGGUGAUUUAGAAAAGAAUAUUGAAACACUGAAAAUGUUAAAAGACACCAGUGGAGUGGUGGAUCAGAAGAAAAGUGAUGUGAAAUACUCGCAAAAUACUGACUGCCUCAGUCACCCUGAGAUGAAGCCUUUAUUCAUGGAACUAUUCAAACUGAUGACAUCUGUACAUCAAGACACAGCCAAACAAAAAGAGAAAUUAGAUGGCAUAGAAAAAAAAGUGUCAGCUGUGGAUAAAGUCACACGCUUUGUGGGUGAAACCUUCAAAAAUUCCCACAUAGUACAGUUUAUUCUUAAAGGAAUUGUGCCUUGGAAAAAGGGAAACCUAAUAGAAUCUCCAGAGGCAAAUAAUAAAGCUGAAGAGAAAGGUACCAAACCAAAGCAUGGACUUAGCAACAGAGGGGUCCAAGUACAAAUAAACAAAGAAGUAUUUGAAGAAGGCAAUGACUGUGAAGACACCCAAACCUAUGGAAAUGUCCAGAAAGAUAAAGAAGAGCACAGAAAGGCUGGCAGCAUCAUUCUAAUUGAACCACAGGCAAUAUUUCAUUCUGAAAGAGGAACCUCACUGCAUCAGCCCCCAGAGACAGCUGACAAACACAAGGACCCCCGGGGGGCUUCAGCGAUGACAAAUAAAUCUGGUGGUGCCAGCAAAAAAGAGAUCUCUGCUGUAACAAGAAGGGUGAAAGAAGUUGCACAGGAAAAUAAGGAAUACACACAAAGUCAAAACUCGACAGAAGACAAUCUGAAAGAAAUGACUAAAACUAGCACAGACAAUGAGGCAUAUAAAGCACAAGGAGUUGAAAGAAGUCAGGGAAAAGAGACUGACAAGAUAAAACUCACUGUCACGACUGGAGCCCCUGAGGUCAGCCUGGCUGCAACUCAAUCAAAGCUUGGUGGAAAUUCCACAUUACUUCUUGAGAGGGAUGUUGAAACAAUACAGGGAAUGCCAUUCAGUUCUACAGAAAAGGCUAAACCAGAGAUAACAGCCACCAAGGAGCCUGUGCCUGCAACAUGUGAAGGGCCGAAAGAGCCCUAUAAAAAGAACAAAGCACAGCAAAAGCCCAAAGACGAUACAAGAGCUACUGUAUUGCAGAAAACAGCAAAGGAAAAGGAGUCCAACACAGCACUAGAUGAAAGAGUCAGCAAAUUAUCCAAACCAUCUAUCACGCACGAGAAAACUUUAGAAAACAUCAAAACCCAAACAGGCCAGAAAAGUGAGAAAAAUGCUCAGAGCUGUCAAAAUAAAGUAGAAAACAAGUGCAAAUCAGACAUAGGCAGUGAAUCAAAGGAUUCAAAAGAACCUCAGAAAGCAAGCAAAGAACCUGAGAAAAUCACAGAAGUGAGUGAUUUGGCGAAGAGGGAAACAGAUUCUACAGAAAUAACAAACAAGGCACAAGAAAACAAGGAACCUGCUGAGAAGUUAGAGGAUCACAACAUCAUUGUUGAUGAUUGCCCAUCACCUCCAGCCCCCUUCAGUCAUCGCAUAGUGACCACGAAGCAAAUUCUUGUAACCUCCUCAUACACAGUUCAUUACACUGAAGUGCUGGGAGGGGGUCGGUUUGGCCAAGUCCUUAAAUGUGCAGAAAAAUCAACGGGCCUCGAACUUGCUGCCAAAAUAAUUAAAGUAAAAGGACCAAAGGACAGGGAGGAAGUAAGAAAUGAAAUAACGGUCAUGAAUCAGUUAAGUCAUGCCAACCUGAUCCAGCUUUAUGAUGCUUUUGAAGCCAAGAAUAAUGUCACCUUGAUUAUGGAAUAUGUUGGAGGUGGAGAGUUGUUUGACAGAAUCAUUGAUGAAAACUAUAAUCUGACAGAACUGGAUACGAUCAUUUUUGUCAAGCAGAUCUGCGAAGGUGUUCAAUACUUACAUCAACAUUAUGUCCUUCACUUAGAUCUUAAGCCAGAAAAUAUUUUGUGUGUGAACAACACAGGAAAUCAGAUCAAAAUUAUUGACUUUGGUCUGGCUAGAAGAUAUAAGCCAAGAGAGAAACUGAAAGUUAAUUUUGGUACCCCAGAGUUCCUUGCUCCAGAAGUGGUGAAUUAUGAUUAUGUUUCAUUCCCCACAGACAUGUGGAGUGUGGGCGUCAUCACCUAUAUGCUGGUGAGUGGCCUGUCCCCUUUCCUGGGCGAUCAUGACACUGAAACCAUGAACAAUGUUAUCAAUGCAAACUGGGACUUUGAUGCAGAAGGAUUUGAAAAUGUGUCUGAAGAAGCAAAAGAAUUUGUUUCGAACCUCCUUGUGAAAGAGAAGGGUAGCAGAUUCAGUGCAGCACAGUGUCUGAAACACAGCUGGCUUAACAAUUUACCAGAAAAAGCAAAGAAGUGUAGGGUUCGACUCAAAUCUCAAGUGAUGCUGCGGAAGUACAUUGCACAGCGCUUAUGGAAGAAAAAUUAUUAUGCAGUUGCUGCUGUGAACAGGCUCAGGAAGCUCAACAAGCAAGAUUAUGCUUAGCCUAUGACUGAGACCCAAAUACAGAAGAAAUUGAGUCAACUGAUAAUUGAAAAAUAAGCACAUUAUCAUUAGAGGAGCGGAGGGUCAAUGAAUUUACUGUUGCCUGCAUCCAGAUGCUGCACUUUAAACAUCUGAUACUGUUCUUAAUAUUACAGCCAAAGUGAUUGACAAAAGUAACAAAUGUUACCCAUAAACUGCAGAAACGUGGCACGAGUUUUCCCAUUUAGAGACUUAGCAACAGUAUCUUGGCCACUCUAAUGAAAAACAAUUUCUUUAAUUUCUACACAAAGUUAUAUUAGUGGAUUCCAAAAAUGAAAAUUUAACUGAAAAAUAUACAUAUUUGACAUGUUGACAAAAUGUGAAUCUGAUAAGAUUGUGUUCCAAAAAGCAUGCCGUAACAUCCGACUAGCGUCGGAAGAUGCUGGCCCACUGGAAUUAGAAGAAAUAAAUGCAUACUUACCUGGUUUUGAAAA